CAUAUUCAAACAGUACCUUUCCUCCAGUUCUGCUCCCACGCCCACUAUGUCACCGACGUCGAGGGGAAGCUGGACGUGAGCGUGGCGGAAGCCGUGGGUGGCUCGUACAGCGGCGUCUUUCCCGCGGGCCUUUUAACUACGCUGUCGCCGGCGCCUCACGAACUGUCGACGCUAAGACUGUAUCGUCGGAACCCGGAGUUGCCGUGGAAGAUCUUUAUCCGAAUCCUGGAUGGCCACCAGCCUCGAGGGGCGCAACGUGAGACCCUGUCAGAGCUGGAGUUGGAGCGCCGGCUCAUGGGCCCCGGCGUGCGACGCGUGCAGGUGCGGGAGGGGAAGAUCCGCGGGGCCCUGUACCUUCCGCCUGGCCCCGGGCCGUUCCCUGGAGUCGUGGAUAUGUUCGGCUCCGUCGGCGGCAUCAUGGAAUUCAGAUCAGCCAUGUUAGCAUCAAGAGGAUUCGCAAGCCUCGCCCUGGCCAUCUUCAACUACGACGACUUGCCGAAGACGACGGCCCGCAUCGAGCUAGACUACUUCGAGGAGGCCGUGGAGUACCUGCUCUCCCGGCCGGAGGUCAUCCCCGACCGGUGCGGCGCCGUGGCCAUUAGCAAGUCGGGGGACAUCGUGUUCAGCAUGGGCACGGCCUUCCCUGCCGUGAAGGCCGUUGUGGGCAUAAGCUCGUGCACGAUGGUGUUCCACUCGAAGUUCUUCUACAAGGGCAAGUUCUACGGCAAGGGCGUAGAGGUGCCCUUGGCUUCCAUGAAGGCGGACGAGACCGGCGCUGUGUCCGCCGACUUGACGUACUUGUUCGACCCGGACAACCCGCUGAUGAUCCCCGUGGAGCGCGCCGACGACGAGACGCACUUCCUGGUGGCCGUGGGCGACGACGACCCGUGGGGCUUCCGCGCCAGCAUCCCGGCCUUCCGCGAGCGGAUGCUCAGGAACAACCGCAGGAACUUCGAGACCAUCCUGUACCCGGGCACGGGGCAUAUCAUCGAGCCUCCCUACGGCCCGCUCAUCCACAGCUCCUUCCAGCGCCACGUGCCCAGCAAGGAGCGCAACGAGGAGUACGACAAGGGCGUGGCCAUGAAGUGGGGGGGGAAGCCUAAGCCGACGUGCGACGCCCAGGUGGACCUGUGGCGCCGCAUGCGGGCCUUCCUCAUGCAGCACGUGCGGGACGAGAGCCACUGGUACCAGGAAUAUCUUCAGGAGCGAAGAGGAUAGGGAGGAGGAAGUGAAGAAGGCGGGGCUGUUGUUGUUGUUGUUAUCAUCUAAUAUGAAAUAUUUUGACUGGGGACAGGGUGGCGGGGUGGCAGGGGCAAGCAGCUCAAAGGGUCAGAAAUGGUAGUCAUUCACAGAGGGAACGAAGGAGACAAAAAUACCAUGGCACAAUUAUCAACAAAAUGUUAAAAGUUGAAAAACUAAAAUCAAAAAUAUUAUCUCAGUCGAAAGAAUAUUAAUAGCGAUGGAAUAGUGACUACUAAUUGCCCUUCCUAUCUAAUAAAAACCGUUAACAUGAAUUAUUCAUUUACCUAUAAGCAGAGAGUGCAUUUAUAUUUUUCAUGUCAAUGAUAUGAACUGUAAUGAUGAUAUUAUUAAUAAUGUAUUUUAUAUAAAGUUAAAAUAAAGUGUUUAUAUCUUCUA